AUUUUGCACAAGUACCGGGCGUGUUAGACGAUUCACAGUUUAUUCAUACGACUCAUUCAAUAUUUAGGUGCUCAUGUACUUAGCAUAAUAAGUCCAUCGAACCCUUCGUCAAGAGGCCACUCAGUCACGAUACUACGCGCGCGCCGCCUGUCUCACAGAUAUUUAGUUGCAGUUUUUUCUCGCAGCCAUGAUCCUGCUGCUAACAUGGGUAGUAGUGAUCGUGUCAGCGGUUCUGCUGUACUUUCGAAGUAUAUACUCCCAGCUGUCCAAGCAGGGAGUGAACCAUCUCCCCACAGUUCCAAUCUUCGGGAAUAUUUUGUGGCCGUUCCUGAGGAAGGAGCAUUUCAUUGACACCCUGAUGCGAGCUGUCAACACAUUUCCUGAUGAUAAGAUAGUAGGACAUUACGACAUGGUGACUCCUGUAUUUAUAAUCUGCGACGUGGAUGCCAUCAAGAGGAUUACUGUUAAAGACUUUGAGUACUUCGUGGACAGGCGCAGCUUCACCAGCAGUUUUGAUCCUUUCUUCGGGAGAGGACUGCUGAUGCUACGAGGUGACGAAUGGAAAGCAAUGCGGUCUACAAUGAGUCCAGCGUUCACCAGCUCCAAGAUGCGCCUGAUGGUGCCCUUCAUGGAGGAGAUCGCUUUGGAGAUGAUCAGAGUACUCCAAGAGAAGAUGAGGGCUUCUGGGAAGCCUUACAUCGACGUAGAAGCCAAGGAUAUGAUGACCAGGUACGCGAAUGACGUCAUAGCGUCCUGCGCCUUCGGGCUGAAGGUGAACUCUCAGGAGUCAGACCACGAGUUCUUCGUACACAGUCAAACCAUCACCAAGUUUACCUUUCUGAGGAUUUUGAAGAUCAUCUUCUUUAGAUGCCUGCCGAAUCUUGUUCAGAAGCUGAAGAUGUCAUUGGUGCCGCGUGAGUCUUCGGACUACUUCUCAAGUGUGGUGCUGACCACAAUGCAGGACAGAGAGAAGAAUAACAUCGUACGGAAUGACCUUAUCAACAUCCUGAUGGAAGUCAAGAGAGGUCAACUAACUCAUGAAAAGGAUGACGCCGAUACUGAUGCUGGGUUUGCUACAGUUGAGGAGUCACACAUUGGCAAAAAGCAACAUAAUUAUGAAUGGACAGACUCAGACCUCGUAGCGCAAGCAGCGUUAUUCCUAUUCGCCGGCUUCGAGACAGCUUCCACCUCCAUGUCGUUUUUGCUGUACGAGCUGGCAGUCAACCCUGACGUGCAGGACAGGCUGCUGCAGGAGAUCAGGGAGUAUGACGAGAGGAACCGAGGGAAGAUCGACUAUAACGUCAUUCAGAGCAUGACGUAUUUGGAUAUGGUGGUUUCUGAGGGACUGCGAUUAUGGCCUCCAGCGGCUAUUGUAGACAGAAUGUGUGUGAAAGACUACAAUUUUGGUAGGCCUAGCCCAAACGCCACAAAAGAUUUGAUUAUUCGUGAAGGUCAGGGUGUAGGAGUGGCUCCCUGGGUGUUCCACCGUAACCCCAAGUAUUUCCCCGAACCAACCAAGUUUGACCCCGAGAGGUUCUCACCUGAAAACAGACACAAAAUCUUACCGUUCACGUACUUCCCCUUUGGAUUGGGGCCAAGGAAUUGUAUCGGUUCUCGCUUCGCGCUCUGUGAAAUUAAAGUGAUGCUGUACGUGCUUAUUCGGGAGAUGGAAGUGUAUCCCUUCGAGAAGACAUGUUAUCCUCCACAGCUGUCUAAAGAUGGCUUCAACAUGCAGCUACAGGGAGGCACCUGGCUCAGACUUCGAGUUCGUCCAGAUAAAUCUUCAUUAUAAUAA